ACCAAUGAACUGCACAUGGAUUUCAAUCCAUUGGAUUUCAAAAGUCAAAAUCUAACCUCAAAACGGCAUUUAUUGACACCAUCAGUGCACGUGCGAUUUCAUUAUUUUAUCUGAGUUUUACAAAUAAUUUGCGAAAAUGAGCAAAUUUCGUUCGAAAUUAAAACGUCAUUCGAAAGGAGCAAAAUGGGCUCGCGGUCAAUCGGCCACAUCAAAUCCGGAAAAUAAAAAGCAUCGCAAUGCUGCACGAUCACGUUUUUUCCAACCAAAUCUGAAUACAGUUGCUAAACCAUCAACUACUAAUGGAGUAACAUCAUUGACGGUGGAAGCGGUUUCAAAACACGAUGCUCGUCAAAUGUAUACAGGUGAAAGCAAAACCACCAAGUCAAUAGCAUCGACAAAAUCCGAGCCAACUGUCCAUGACAUUGCAAUGAGCUUGCAUUCGUUCAGCAUGAGUGAUGGGGAUGACGAUCAAUCUUAUGCCAGAACAUUUCAAACUUUCGGCUCAAGAUACAGCUCAUGUACCAAUAUGACUUUCAAUAAGUUUUUAAACCGUUUUCAACAAACCUCGGAUCUACACAAGGAAAUGCUUGCUAUUCUUUCAGCCAUCACAGAAGUGAUAAAAGAACGCAACGGUACGCAAUCCUCAACGGAAUUCUUCUUGGGAUUGAUGGAAACCCUUGAGGCUACAAAAGAAGAAAAAGAUAUAAUUGCAACUUUAUCGUUGCUAACAAUGGUGAUCAAAUCGGUCCCUCAACCAGUUUUACGGAAGAAAUUUGCCGAUACCGGCGAUAUAUUUCUUCAGUUAUUCGAGCAAUUUGCAGAUAGUGAAAAUCAAAAUGUGCUUCGAAGUAUAAUUGGAUGUGUUUCGGUAUUAUUAAGAGCUCAAGAGUACGCAUCGUGGUCAGCUGGUUUGACAUUGAAAUUGUUCAAUCAAGUGUUAUCCAAUGUUAUACAUACAAAGCCGAGCAUAAGAAAAGCAGCACAACGAGCAAUCGAAUCAACUAUUCAUGGUUGCUGCUUUAUGAUAAAUCCAGCUGAAACAAGUCAAGAUGAACAAACACACGACCAAGUCCCAUUUCAUCCUGCUGGCACGUAUGUGGCCAAAUUUUGUGUGGAACAAUUCAAAGUUGAAAACCUGACCAAAUCUCAGAAUGUUGUCUUGUACGCGAUUGAAUUGCUGAAAAAAACGAUAAGCGGGUUGAAAAAUGAAGAUAUCAAAGACAUUUGCGAGUACCUUCUUUCAAUCAUGGUUACAUCGAAAACGAAUAUUCAAAAGAAUUGUUUCGACACUCUGUAUCACUUAUUUCAGUCAAAGUCGCCAAAUUUAUCUCAAGAUUUAAUUGGAAAAUUGAUAGCAGCAAUAUACGACUAUCGGCCCGAACCAACUGAUGUCAAUUUAACACUUGCAUGGCUAAAUGUCAUGAAACGCGGUCACAUUUGCAUGACAUCUUUCAAUGUCUCAAAAUGUUUGAUGGAGCUACCAAGGCUGAUAACAAUUUGUGCCAAUGAUAUUUGGAAGUCAGACAAUUUGCAGAUUGCGACUGGUGUUUAUCAUUUGGUGAAAGAAUUAUUCGAAGAAUGUAUUGCGCCGGGGCUGGAGACCGAUGCCUACAUCAAUUUGCAUCGCAAAGCAAUCACUCGAAUUAUCACCGAACUAGCGAAGUGUUUAAAUGAACCUUUUGGUUUUAUAUCCCAACAAAUAAUCGGCGUAUUUCAAACAAUAUUUGAAAUUUGUGGCCGACAUUUUGGUGAUAUUCUUCAGCCUGCACUGAAUCAAAUUGCUGCCCGUUACGAUGAUACUGCUUCAAAACAAAUACAAAUUGAGAAUGUGGUUCGGGCGGCAAUUUCUUCAAUGGGACCCGAAGCAGCUUUAAUCGCUGUACCACUCACCGAUGCCAACGGAGAUGUGGAUAUAUCACGGUUGUGGGUUUUACAAGCAUUGAAAAAAGCAAUUAGCGGUUCUACAUUUGAGUUUUUCUACUGUAAAAUUUUACCACUUGCCAACAAAUGUUACGAACAAUGGAAAUAUCAUCAAACUGAAGGAAACCUAGCUGCCGCUCGUACAAAUGAAUUGUUCUACAUUCAAUUAUGGGAUCUGUUCCCAAGUUUUUGUGAACAACCAAAAGAUUUAAACAAGUUUGGAUCGAUUGCAAAGAUGUUGGGAGAUGUGUUGAAAAACCGUGUCGAAAUUCGAGAUGCUGUAUUUGAUGGCUUUAUGAAAUUGCUUCAAAAUGCAAACGAUGAAUCGAAAGUACAGUUAGCACGAUUCGCUCGAAACUACUUGAAUAUUCUGUUGAAUAUAUUCACGAGAAAACCGUCUGGAAGCGAGGAACAUACUGCACAUACAAAUGCAUUGAAAAUCAUCGUUGAAUACCUAAAAGUCACACCCAAUGAUGUGCACACCGAACUAUUUAACUCGAUUCGGUAUGAGUACAAAACGAAAGAGCGUAUUGAAUCGGUUCUACUAAAAGUGCAAGAGUUGAAUAAAACCAUCGAUCGAAGCGGGGAAAAUGAUCAUCAAAUUGGUGCAAAUGAAGCAAAAACUAUCCAGGACGCCUAUGAUAUGUUGAAAAAUAUAAUACAAGAAAAUACAAUGGGCGUUGAAUAUGUGGAAGAAAAUACAGAUGAAGUUUGUGAACUAUUGAAAACUAUCCCAAUCAAACGUGUAGAACAAUUGUUCAGAGGUUCUCAACAGAAUAUUGGCGUAUUUGCAUAUCAAGCGUAUUUUGAAUUGCUCAUAGCUUUGUCGGUUUACCAAUCGUCCGAAAAGCUGAAUGAACUAUUUGCGGAUUACAUUGAACCAACCUUACGGAAUGCCAAAAAGGGUGGAAUCACUCAGUUGAUCAAAGAACGCCAAAAAAAAUCUUAUCAACUUGUACAUAAUAUAUUAAAAAGUGAAAAUGCUGGCUGUCAAAAGUUUGUGAGCGAAAAUCUGCUUCAAAUCCAGAAAGUACUUUUAAAUACGCUGCAAAAUCGGAAACAAAGUUCACAAGACAUUCGUUUGAGUUGUUUGCUUCUGUUGAUCGAAAAAGAGGAAUCACGACUGCAGCAUAACAGCAAACUGAUAUCACGAACCAUACCCGAAAUUGUUAUGUCCUUCAAUCACCAUGGACAAAAUUCAAAAGACAAUAUCACAUUGAAAUUACUUUUGAAAAUUGGAUCUGUCUAUAAGCAAGCAAACAAACUUCAAGAUUUUGUGGAAAUCUUGAUGGCUGGGUUGGAUGGCGAAGCUGAUGAUAUGGUCAUCUCAAAUACAAUUCAAGUAUUGCAAGCUAUACUACAACAUUUUACCGCGGAGAUAACAUUGAAUUGCCUGAAUUCAAUUCUUGAACAAGUGCUGGCACAAUUGAUCACUGGAAGUCGUCAAAAAGUAAAGGCAGCUGUUGGAUUUUUGUUGGUUUUCAUAAAGAUCCUCCCAGCAUCAUUUGUCGCCAAUCAUUUGCCCAAUAUUGUAAAAGCAAUGUCCGCAAUGAAACCGGAUACAAAACGCUUCUAUCGCAAACAACUUGGAUUUGCAUAUAAACAACUCUGUAAACGCUUUACACCAGAUGAAAUAUGUAAAUUAGUUCCUGGCAAUGAUGAAAUUACCCAUAAGAAGUUGAAAAAUAUUCGAAAAGCCUUAGCCAGAUCAAAAAGACAAAAGACGUCUGAAAGAGAUCAAUCUGAUGAUGAUGGACUUGGUGAUGAAGCGGAAAACGACACGGACGAUAUAUUGGCAGAUUCUGAUUCUGAUGAAGAACUUCAUGAGGAUAUAUUAAUGGGUUCGGAUGAUCAACCGACCGAACGUUUGAAGAAAAAAUCAUAUGGCAAAGAAGAGAAGUACAUAUAUGAAAAUUCGGAAAAUAUUGUCGAUUUAGCGGAUAUAAAAGCAAUGAGCAGCAUUGCCACAACGAAACCCAUACCCAUGAAGAAUAUUGGAGCAACCGUUGAUGUUAAGAAAAAUAUAAAAGAUCCAAAUCGUGGAUUCAAAGUGGAUAUCAGUGGAAAGUUGUUAAUUGAAGAGCCGAAAAGAGGUGGCAACAAGCACAGCGAUACCGAUUCUGACAACGAUGACAUGGAUGAAGAUAAUAAGAAGGAAAUUCCAUCGAAUGAUUCGAAUAGUGAUGAUGAAAUAGCUGAAAAUAGCAAAGCAAAGUCACGGAAACGAAAGGCAAGCAGCAGUCUGAGUCAGGUAUCUGGAAAGACUGGAGCUAGCAGCAAAUAUGUUGCUGGUGGAAAAGGUAUUCAUCGACCACUAAGUGAAGCAGCUUCAGUACGUUCGGGAUACACUAACGUUUCGGGCAGAACCGAUGUUAGUAAAAAGUCCACAGCAUACGGUAGUGAUUAUCGUGCCAAGAAAUCGAAAGGAGAUAUGAAAAAGAAAGGCACCUUUGAUCCAUAUGCGUAUAUCCCACUCAGUCGGAAUAGCUUGAACAAACGGAAGCGCGCUAAAAACAACGGGCAAUUUAAAAAUAUUGUGCAAGCAGCUCGGAAGGGUGCCGCAACCGGUUCUAAACGACGUAAAGUUUAAUCUUGCUUGUCAGCCAAAAAAUCGCUAAGAAAGAAAGUGGGAAAAUAUUUAAAGACGCGUUGAGAGCUUGGUAGAAUACUUGCUGUAAUCAAACGUCAUAUACAAUGAUAAGAAAUAAAAUAAAUUUUAUUUUAAA